UAGAGUCACUGCUCAGUUCGUCUCGUAACCUAGCAUGGGGAUGUUGUCAAAACCACCGGCCGACCUUUAUUAAUUUCCAUUUUGUUCUGCUUUUCUUAGAUCAUUGCAGUCCCUCCCUUGUUUCAACUAUUCGUUGCGUAUUGAAGCAGGUAUACCUAUUUUUUUUUCUGGCUUCUGUAAUACGAUGACUGGAGUUUUUGACAGUCUAGCUGCAGAUAUGCAUUCGAACCAGAUUACCUCGAACAGUUACCACAGCAUGCACAAAUCCCAGGAGUCUCCAACCUUACCUGUAUCGACGGCUACGGACAGCAGCUACUACAACAACCAGCAGUCUGGACACUGUGCAGGGUCUCCCUAUGGACAGUACCAGUACCACGCAAAUAGCAUGAGCAAUGUCCCGUACAACACCAAAUCUUACGAAAUUGGGUUCAGCAGCUCUUACAGUUCGUACGGUCCAUAUGGUUCCAGUUCGUCGCCAACCCAUACGGAUGCAGAGAAGGAAGAAUGUGAACCAGAAAUUAGAAUGGUGAACGGGAAGCCAAAGAAAGUCAGGAAACCUCGAACGAUUUACUCGAGUUUCCAACUGGCAGCUCUUCAGAGACGUUUCCAAAAGACACAGUACUUGGCUUUACCUGAAAGAGCCGAGCUCGCGGCUUCUUUAGGCCUUACACAAACUCAGGUGAAAAUCUGGUUUCAGAACCGACGUUCCAAGUUCAAAAAGUUGUGGAAAAGUGGCGAGAUCCCUCCGGAGCAGCAUGCGGCGUCCAGCGAGUCUCCCCCCUCCAGUUCUCCGCCGGCCUCCGUUACCUGGGACUUCCCCCAGAAUCAAAGAAUGAACACUGUCAACUCCGGCUUGUCUCAAGGCAACAGCCCCCCAAACACAACCGCCCCUUCUUUCUUAGCAAACUAUUCUUGGUACCCAUCCUCGAACUCUGCAUCGCAUCUACAGCCCAACUCUUUAUUACAGCACCAUCACGGCUCUGCGGUGAGCGCCGGAGCCAUAUAUUAACGACUUAAUAACACUGACAUCGAGAACACCUGAAAGGAAAAGGAAUUUUACAUUGGACUCUGGUUACUUUUACAAGCUUGCAUCAACGCAGCUUAUGCGUAUUUUGAGGAAACAAAACAUACGGUAGCCUACAAGCGCGCCCAGCUCUCUGGCGAACUUUACGCAGACAACUUCCAGCCCCGGGUCAAGAUUCAUCCUGCCAAAAUAUUUUUAGAAACCUGUCUUCAGGUCACAUGUAAAGCCUUCUGGACGGUUGAGCAGAAUAUUUUUUUUUUAAAAAAAAAAGAAAAGUGUGAAAGACCACUAAAAUCCAAAGCAACGAAAAUUUGUUUUGAGUAUUCUUUGACUACGUAUACCGAAUGGACUUGUUUCGGUGAAACUUUUUAGAUAUUCUCGGAAAAAAAUCUAAGUUAUUGUUUUUUUUUAAAGCAGGAAUAACAGUUAAUAAGACAUGUAGCACAUUUUAAAAACUUUGUAUGAAUUGGUGCCUUUUGAAAAUGACCUCAAUUUUGAUGUUAAAACAUAAAUGUACUUUUGUAGCUGAUUGUGUAUAUAUAUAUGUAUAUGUUAUUCAAUGUAUACAUAUAUGUAUGUUAUUCGAGGUUCCACCCCGUAUAACGGCUUAAAGGUUUUAAUUUGUAAAUAUAGUUCAGUGGCGUUUGUAUAAAAUAACGCAUUUAUGGAUUUUCGUAAAACCAAAUGCCUUUGUUUGACAAAAUAUCGCCCAUGAUGGUAUUUCGUAUUUUGUGUUAAUUUAAUCUUUUAAGCUACUGAUUUCCCCCCAAUACAUACAUGUAUACCAAGUUUGAAAAAUGUAUUUUCUUUAUUUAUUAUGAAAAUUGCAUAUUUGCAGUGUUGCCUUUAUAAAUGAAGAAAUUAUUUAAAUAAAAAUGUUUUCAGUGUAACAGCUUGUUUCAAUC